AUGUUACUUUUGUAUCAAGCUGGGAGUGUGAAGAUAGGAGAAGUUGUCCGUUAUACAGUUACAUAUACACCGGCCCACGAUCGCAUUCUUCCUUCUCCCGCAAGACUUCAUUUGAAGAUCAAGAAUACUUCGGCCGUAGCACUCCGAGCUGCUUUUGUUCACGGCCCUUACACUCUUUACGCUGCAGCUUAUCCGUCCACAUUCAAUCCCAAUGUCAAGUUCGAAAACCCUCGACGAGAUGGUGUCCCUGAAUUUGAACCAAAUUUAAAAGCCGGUGGUUCUUUCUCGACAGAACUUGUUGUCCCAGAAGAUGUGCGGAAGACAGCGGGAAAAGCGAAUCGAGAUGGGAGAUCCCCUGGCAGAGAUGAUUCAGAUGUGAAAAGUGUUGCUUGGAUUAUUGAAGUGACAUCGCAGGUCGUAUUUUCCAAUUCUGCGGCCGUUCAUUACGAAAUUCUGCUUGGUCGGGACGAGAAAAGUCUAUCGCUGGGAUUUUCUUCAGGUUCAAUGUUAGGAGGAACCGCACCAGUGCCUGGCCAAGUCCAUGACCAUCAGCAGAGUCAGAGGGCGAAAGAGGGCCAUCAUGCGGCAUUACCAAAAGGUGUCUAUUCCAGGGCUAUACGAUUAAAGGUGGAUGAUACUGCAAGCUUGUGGAAUACGCCGAAAUUGGAUGGAAGAGAUGAGGCAGCGGAGGAGGAAAGGUCUAAAGGAAAUAAUAAGGAUGCGCCAGUUGAUGACGCCACCGGGAAAGGUCACGUUGAAGAAAAGCCACGCAAGAAACGGAGGAAAAACAUACAUUUAGUGGUUUUGACACACGGAUUGCACAGUAAUCUGGGAGCUGAUAUGCUAUUCCUGAAAGAAAGCAUAGAUGCGGCAGCCAAGCAAGCCAAGGUCGAUGCGAAGGCCCGAAAAGCGAAAAAGAAACAAGAGGACAGGCAAAAAAGGGCAUCCGGCCAAACCGAACAUCAACGUGAAUCGGAUAACGGGGUAUCAAAUGGGGAGGGGGGCAUUGAAGAACGUCCGGAGAAACAGGGAGAAACAGAUGAUGAAUCGGAUGAUGAGGAGGAAGUCAUCGUGCGAGGAUUUUCUGGAAAUGCCGUUCGAACAGAAAGAGGAAUAAAAUAUCUGGGUAAAAGACUUGCCAAAUAUGUUCUUACAAUGACAUACCCAGAUCAACCAUACCGACCAACCCUCAAGAAGUCAGCAGGCGAAGCUCUUUCCCAUGCUCUAAAGCCCGAAUCAUCCAAUAUGAUGAAUGAUUCCGGGAAACCAGCACAUGAGCACAGCAGCAUAAUAAAAGCGCCUCAAGAUAUUGAUCUUCCUUACCAUUUCACCAGCAUCAGUUUCAUUGCUCAUUCUCUUGGCGGAUUGGUACAAACAUACGCUGUUGCAUACAUUCAAAAGCAUUCACCUCAAUUUUUUGAUAUAAUCAAACCAAUAAACUUCAUCGCUCUUGCUUCACCAUUCUUAGGUCUUAGCAAUGAGAAUCCUCUCUAUGUCAAAUUUGCUUUGGAUUUUGGAUUAGUCGGUCGCACAGGUCAAGAUCUUGGAUUGACAUGGAGAGCACCUACAAUUGCAAGAAGUGGAUGGGGUGCAAUUGUUGGAAAUAUUGGAGAAAGUGCACAUAAGAAACUGGAUGGAGAAACUGCACCGGAAGCAAAGCCACUGUUACGAAUUUUACCCACUGGUCCGGCUCAUACUGUUCUUAAAAAGUUUCGACAUCGCACAGUAUACUCAAAUGUUGUUAAUGAUGGAAUUGUACCUUUGAGAACUAGCUGUUUACUCUUCCUUGAUUGGCAAAGCCUUGGUCGAGUUGAGAAGGCUAGGAGGGAAAAUGGUCUUGUUGGUACUAUGGCGGAAUGGAGUUGGGCUGAACUCACAGGAGCAAACUCUAGUUCGCCCUCAAAGAAACAGGCACCUUGGUUUGAUGGAGAAGUUAGCGAUAUGGAUGAUAUUGGGGGAGGUGCUCGUCCUAGCACAUUGCAAAGAAAUGAAACAGAAGUACCACAACCUCCAGCAAAUGUUAUGUAUGAUGAUAGACGAAGCAUAAAAAACCUGGAAGUACCAGGGCAUUCUACCUUAUCUUCUGUAAAAAAUAGACAUAGCAGUGAGAUUGGAAGCUCAAGCCCGACCCCAACAUCCACAGAACUUACAUCCAACAAUAACGGACUCCUCGCAAGUCUGGUAGGCUUCUUUCGCACUAACCCUUCUCCGAAAUCUCAUGCUCACCAACCAAAACAUUCGAAAAUAUAUAAAAGAAGUCAGACCAUAAAUAUCAUUAACGAUAGCGGUUCUUCGACGCCCUCCUCCCUACCAUCCCCGACUACUGGGGAUCGUCCAAACGUUUCAGCAGGAGAUAUUGAAUCUCAAGAUACAAGUCUUCUAUCAGCACCUCCCAAAACAACCUUCUUCGAAUCAGCAGGUGAUCUCCUCAAGCCACCUUUACCAUCUGUAGAAUUCUUGAUUGAUCCGAGCUCCCGUGCUCGAACAAUUUUCCAUGAUCGCGUGUAUCAUCCCUCGGAUAUUCCACCGCCACCUCUCAAGAAAAGAUCUACUACGCUUCGAAGGCGAAACUCCUCCUUCUCCGAGCCUCCCUCACCAGUACCAGCCUCUCAUACCGACAGCCAACUUUCAGCCCUGGAUUAUGAUGACCCCAAAAAUACAAACCCUUCUCGUCCGCCAAAUGUUGUAGUGGAUUCUUCAGCAAUGAAGGUUGAAGAGAAGAUUGCUAGAGCUUAUCAUCGGGAUCUAAGCUGGCGAAAGGUUCUUGUGAGCUUGGAACCUGAUGCACAUAAUAACAUGAUCGUGAGAAGAAUGUUUGCGAAUGCAUAUGGCUGGCCGGUAGUGAAACAUCUUUGCGAUACACAUUUCUCCGACGCUGCAAUUACGAGAAGAAAAGAUGAAGAUAGUGCUGGUCUAGAAAGAGCUAAAGCUACAGGAGAGGCGCCAGGCUCAGAGGGACAAGAAGUGAACUCUUCAGUGGAUGAGGAAAAUGCAACGAGAGAUGCUAAUCGUGAACGUCUCAUUCGACAUGAUCGUACAGAUUCAGAGGCCAGAGAAGCUCAAGAUUUGGUUCCUGCACUUGCAACUUCUAGUUCUUCCAAGGGACCGCCAUCAGUACCAUCGAGAAGUGCGAGCUGGUCAAGGAGCAAACAGGAUGGGUAUGAGAGUGCCGGGUGGACUGAUAGGGAUUGGGUUGAUAGUGCAGAUGAUAGUGAUGAGGAAGAGGCCAAACCUGUAACUUCUGGGUGGAACUGGACGGAGAAGAUAGUGGGAAAAGGCUCAAAUGCAUAUAAAAGUCAAGCUAGUAGUCCUAUCGAAAAAGGAACCGAUAAAAAGGAAAUCGCCAAGUUUCUGGGAAAAGAGCCUCUGGUUGCUAGUCCUGCACCAUUAGAAGGAAUUGAUAAAGAUACGGGAAGUGGAGUGGGAACAGUAGACCCUAAUAUUCCUAUUCUCACUAAGGAUGUAGCUGGUAUGGGUAUAGGAUUAGAUGGAACGAGCGCAGAGGGUUCUGAAGAGAUAUCUCAACAUGAUCUUAUGCGGCCAGUUAAGAAAGAUUAA